AUGGCCAUAGAUGAGUAUUUUAUUGUUAUUGAUGAUGUAUGGGAGGUACGCACCUGGGAAGCAAUCGAACUAGCACUUGUUGGGAAUAAUGGAAGUAAAGUAAUCACAACUACUCAAAUGUUGAUGUUGCCAAAGCAUCUGGUGAGGUUAUCUAGAGCAGACCAAAAGUUCCUUGAUAACCAUCCAGAUGACAUUUCUGAGAAAAUUCUAAAGAAAUGUGCUGGUAUACCAUUAGCAAUCAUCACAAUGGCUAGUUUGUUGGCUGGUAAACCAGAAUGCGAAUGGUCAAUGGUCUACAACUCUAUUGGUUUUCAUACUACAGAUAACAGGGAAACUGAAGAUACUAUGACAAUACUUUCAUUUAGCUACUAUGAUCUGCCUCCACAUUUGAGGACAUGCUUACUAUAUCUAAGUACAUAUCCAGAAGAUUAUUUUAUCGAAAAGGAUUCUUUGAUAUGGAAGUGGAUAGCUGAAGGAUUUAUUGAUGGGAAACAGGGAACAAGAUUAUUUGAGCUUGGAGAAAGAUACUUCAAUGAUCUCAUUAAUAGAAGCUUGAUCCAGCCUGUGGAGAGCAAGUGGAAUGGCAGAGUAGACAGCUGUCGUGUUCAUGAUAUGGUUCUUGAUCUGAUGCGUAAGCUUUCAUCUAUUGAAAACUUUAUUGCUAUAUUAGGUGACAAUGUUGAAGGAGCACCUGCACCAAGCAGUGUCCGUCGGUUAGCCAACCAAAACAGAAUAGCCGAGCACGUUAAUUCUGAAACAAUGGUUACUAGGAUGCCAAAAGUGAGGUCAUAUACCGCAUUCAAGUGUUUUAUUGAUAGUCAGGACCAGUUUUUGAGAUUUAAACUUUUGCGCGUGCUGGACAUAGUAUACUGUAGCUUUGAGAAAGGUUGCCACCUUGAGCAUCUUGGUGAUUUACUUCACUUGAGGUACCUUAGAAUAAGAUUCAACGCUAGUUCCCUUGAGCUCCCCAUACAACUAGGGAAUCUAAAGUUACUGCAAACACUCGAUGUGCAGGGAACAUUGCCAGCAAGCAUUGUGCACCUAACAGAGCUGCUCCGGCUAUGUGCUCACGAAAAGGUACCGGAUGGCAUUGGGAAGCUGGUUUCCCUAGAGGAGCUAAUAAUAUUAAAUGGUUGCAGUGAUAAGCCCAAGAGAUUUUUCAAGGAGCUUGCCAGCCUGCGAGAACUGAGGGUGCUUCAAUUUGCCACUUAUGAUGGGGCGGACGAGAGCAUGCACGGAGAUUUCGUGGAGUCUCUAAGCAAUCUGCAAAAGAUCCAGCAUAUAGGUGUGUACGGUUCAGCUUGGCACACAGAUACAGCCAUGUGGGAAGCAGCAGGCUUUGUGCUCCCACGACCUCUCCAUUAUUUGGGAUGGCAGGCAAUUAGAUUGUCCAAAUUGCCGUCAUGCAUUAAUCCCACACGUCUUCCCAACCUGGCCCACUUGGAGCUGUUUGUGAUUACUAUGGAUGAGCAGGAUCUGGAACUCCUUGCUUUGUUACCGGCGCUCUGUUAUCUCAACCUGACAACAGAGUCCACGGUAACAGCAAGCAAUAUUAACUCCAGUGAUCGCAGCUUCUUCCAGAAGUUGAGGUACUUUGAGACCGAUGCAAUGGUGCAGUUUGAGCAGCCCGACGAGGAGGACACUAGCGUUUCAUUGCAUAUCUGGAAUGGAGAGGAUGCUAUGCCCUUUGUCUCUAGAAAAAGCAAUGACUCCAGAAAAGUUGUACCCUCUGGCGUGAUGCCAAAUCUUGAAGUGCUUGUUUUUAAUCUCCCUUUGCGGGCCCUAAAAGGUAACUACAGUGACUACUGUGGAAAUAUUGGUUUGGAGUACCUGGCUUCCCUUCGGGAACUCAGAGGUUGGAUCGUCUGUGAAGACAUGCCUGUUGUGGAGAGACGCAUGCAACGUCCAUCCCAACCAUCCCACGUUUCGUAUGCUGCGUUGGCUGCACUGAGAGACGCAUGCAACGUCCAUCCCACGUUUUGUAUGCUUAGAUCAUAUUAA